AUGGACGAUGCCGAUUUCGAUCAAGUACCUCAAAUCUUAUUCAGUGAUGUAUCCAGUCUCAAAAAAAGAGGCUGCCCUGGAACUCUUAUUCCGUUGACGCAUGACACACGUGCUGUUCUAUGUGGUAAUAAUUCAAGCGAAGUCAUUGUUGUUGCGACUCGAUUCGGGCAUGGCAGAUGUUUGGUAUUUGCACACUGUGAUUAUCCGAACAUAUUCCUCAACGUUGAAUCCGAAGAUCAAAAUUUUAUCGACAAUUGUCGACAAUGGCUUGCUCGAGGAGAAAACGCACAAUUCGAAUCGAUUGAUGAAGUCAGUUCGAUGAACGAUGUACAAUUUAAUAGAAAAAUUCUUGUUUGGAAUGGACAUUGUACAAAAGACGAUGCAUUUAUGAACGAUCUGUGUGCCUAUUUGCAACAAGGUGGUGCACUCAUUUGUGGAUCAGUUGCAUGGGGUUGGUUGCAAAUAAAUAAGGGAAAAUUUCUUUCAGAUUUUCCAUUCGCUCGUUUUUGUGAUUAUAUUGGUGUUAAACUAACUGACAAUUACACCAAUUGUCCAGAUCCGAUUCUGUUUCGACCUGAAUUGAUCAAAUUCAAAAAUAUCUAUCAUGUCACCCAAGAACUUGCCAAUGAUCCGAAUAAUAUCACAAAGUUGGCUAUCAUCGGAUCGGCUAUUAAAGAAUUAGGCGAUACUUUGCCUAAUGUAGCAGUCAAAACACUGCAGAAUAUUGUUCUCAAUGCCGGUAGUGAAGUAGUACCAGCGAGUAAUUGUCCGAUUCAGGAUAAAUGCUGUCGUGAACAAUCAAUUGGUUUAUGUGGUAUUCUAUGUGGAUUACCCGGUAUCACAGCGCCUGGUGUCAAGAAUUUUCCUGGUGAUUUUGAUCAGUCACCCCGUAUCGAAACGGAUGUUAUAUGUCAUAUGGAAUCAAAUGUCAAAGAAUGGUAUUGCACAGGAUACUACGUCGCUGCUGGUAUCACGAUACAAAUCGAUCUAGUAGAACAAGAAGGUGCAACUGGAUGGUCUGCCCAUAUCGGUUGUCAUAGUGAUAAUCUUGGGAGCUGUAGUGAAUUGCGUCGAUGGCCAUGUAUUUCAAUGUGUAAACCAUUGAUUGGUAUUAGUGUUCGAAUGAGCUCUGCUUUUGGUGGUCUUCUAUUUCUACAAAGUCCGGAUGGUGAAUCGAAUUCGAUUACUGUUUGUCUUCAUCACGUUGUUUUAACACCAACUUAUGAUCUUACGGAUCCAGAUCGAGAAACAGCAUGGCAAGAUCGACAUCAAUACGACGGUCUCUGGGCUGAUAUUGCCGGCAAACAUAUUGUCUUUAAUCUUCCUUCAAAAAGUAUACGUGAUUUAGAUAGUACUCAAUUAGAUCAAGCACUUCAGUUCUGGGACACUGUCGUACUUGCUCAUCAUGAAUUACGCGGUACAACACCGAAAAAACGUGAACGUAUUGUUUGUGACGAACAACCAUCAGUUGGCUAUAUGCGUAAGAAUAUUCCAUUUGAAAAUUUCUCUUGUUCAAUCGUUUCUACGACUGUUUCAGAUAGCGGUUAUCCGAUUGUGACACAUUUGGACGUAUCUGAUCCAAACGGGAAUGGUUUCCUAUUGAAUGGUCCAGCACUGGAAAGAAACGGUUCCUGGGGUCUUUUUCAUGAAUUAGGCCAUAAUAUGCAACGAGAUUGGUGGACAUUUGCUGGUACCAUUGAAGUGACUGUGAAUAUUUUUACUCUACACGCCAUGCAUACCGUGUGUCAUCUACGACCAUGGCUUCAUUCAUGGCUCCAGAAUGAAAUAACGAUUGCAAAAAAAUAUAUUGAAAAUGGAUCGAAAUUCAAUGAAUGGAAAGAAUCUCCUGGUAUUGCUCUAUUUGUUUAUGCACAACUUGCGCGAGAAUACGGUUGGGACAAUUUCAAGGCUGUCUUUCAUCAAUACGAACAAACUCAACCAGAUCUUCAUAACGAUCAAGAAAAAAUGGACCGUUGGAUCGAAACAUUUUCGCGUCAAGUUGGCUAUAAUUUAAUUCCAUUAUUCAAAUUCUGGGGUUUUCCUGUUUCGCAAUCGACGAUCGAUGCUCUGCGAAAUUUGGAGAUCGCAAUGAUUGUCGAUGAAUUCAUUGAAAUGGCACCGGAACGCUAUCAAAUCUAA